AUGAAGGAAACCGAAGUGCUGGACGUCUUUGGUAACGAGGAUGGUGCCGAUAUUCAGUACAAGACCAUGACCUGGUGGCAAGGUGCCAUGAUCAUGAUCGCCGAGAACAUCUCCCUUGGUAUCUUGUCUUUGCCUGCUGUCUUGAAGACCAUCGGUCUGGUCGGUGGUAUCAUCGCCAUCCUCCUGAUGGGUAUCAUCACCACCUACUCCGGUUACACUCUUUGGCAGUUCCGCAUGAAGUACCCUCAGGUCGCUUCCUUCGGUGAUGUUGGUCAGAUUCUUAUGGGAAAAUUCGGACGCGAGUUGUUCGGUUUCGCCUACGUUACUUUCUGUGUCUUCUGCAUGGCUUCUCACGUCUUGACAUUCAUCAUCGCCAUGAACACUCUUACCAACCACGGAACCUGCAGCAUCGUCUUCGGUGUUGUUGGAUUGGUUCUUUUCACCCUCUUAACCAUUCCUCGCACAAUGAAGAACGUGUCGUUCUUGGCUAUCGCCUCCUUCAUCUCCAUCCUUGCAGCCGUCAUGAUCACCAUGAUCGCUCUGGGCAUCAACCCCAUUGAAGGACGUAACCUCGUCGACACUGCACACCCCAACUUCCCUACUGCCUUCAACAGCGUCUCCAACAUCGUCUUCGCUUACGGUGGACAUGCUGCAUGGUUGAGCUUUAUCAGCGAACUCCGUGACCCCAAGGACUACCCCAAGGCUCUGAUUACUCUUCAGUGCGUUGACACUUCGCUUUACCUGGUCGCUGCUGUUGUCAUCUAUUACUUCGCUGGUGACAUGGUUACCAGUCCCGCUCUGAGCAGUGCUUCUCCUCUUGUCUCGAAGAUCGCCUGGGGUAUCGCUCUGCCCACCAUUAUUAUUGCCGGUGUCAUCUUCGGUCACGUUACUGCCAAGUACAUCUACAUCCGUCUCUUCGCCGGUACCAAGCACCUUCACAGCCGUGGUGUUGUUGCCACUUCUUCCUGGUUCGCCAUCAUCUUUGGUAUCUGGUUCGUCGCAUGGAUCCUCGCCGAGUCCAUUCCCAACUUCAGCAACUUGCUUGGAUUCGUCGCUGCUCUUUUCGCCUCAUGGUUCAGCUACGGUCUUCCUGGCAUCAUGUGGCUCUAUAUCGCCAAGGGCACUUGGUUCAGCAGCCCCAAGAAGAUCUUCCUUUUCUGCUGCAACGUUAUUUUGGUACUGUUGGGUAUCAUCAUCUGCGUUGUCGGUCUGUACGCCUCAGGUACUGAGCUGGCCAAGGACUCUAGCGGCCACUCUUGGUCUUGCGCGGACAACUCUUAA